AUGGACUCGCAGACGCACCAAACAGCGCAGCAGGCGGAUCGCCAUCAGCUCGCAUCAACUGGCGACCAGAACGGCGAGCGGCCAAGCUGGUCGGACGAGUCGGCGUGCCCCGUACCCCAUGCCAAGUCACAGCCUCUGCCACCGGGUCACCCGCCGGUGGCGGAAGCGCCGCCCUCGACCCUCUUCCCGCCGACGGGACCGCGCUGCGUCUUCUUCCGCUCUCCCGAGGACCUGGCCCAGACGCCGCCCCUCUCCCGCUCCUCUUCCUUCCUCUCGUCGCCCACGGCCAGCCUGCCUUCGCUCCACGAGUUCGCCGUCACCCACAGCGCCACCGCUUCCGAGUUUGAUCGCGCGCAGAAGCUCGACCAGGCUCGCAAGGAGGCCAACAUCAACCCCCUCCCCAUGGACAAGGAUGGUCAGAUCGGCCUCGACCCCAGCACUACCCUCGUCCUUGCCAGCCGCAACAGCCAGCUCGCGCUUGUCCAGAGCAGCCACGUGAGCGCGAUGCUCGAGGCACGCUAUGGCCGGUCCUCUCCCGUUUUUGCCGGCAAGGGCCAAGAGGUGGAAGCCCUCCUCGGCCAGAACGGCAUCGCCUCGAGCUCAAAGCUCACCGUCGAGCACACCGAGCGCGACGCCAGCGACGCACAGAAGCUCCUCGAGUCCUUCCAGACGUCGCCGCCCACUCCGCUGCGGCCAUUCACCUUUCCCAUUACUUCGAUGUCGACUGCCGGCGACCAGAACCUCCGGUCGCCGCUCUACGUCAUCGGCGGCGAGGGCAAGGCCAUCUGGACAAAGGAGCUCGAGGUCGCGCUCGAGCAGGGCGGUGUCGAUGCCAUCGUCCACUGCCUCAAGGACGUCCCCACCACCCUGCCCCCUGGCCUCGAGAUCGCUGCCAUCCUCGAGAGGGAAGACCCGCGCGAUGCGCUCGUCAUCAAGCAGGGCCUGCCCUACCGCACCCUCGACGAGCUGCCUUCCGGCUCCGUCAUUGGCACCUCUUCCAUCCGAAGGGUGGCCCAGCUCCGCCGACGAUACCCGCACCUCGUCUUCAGCGACGUACGAGGCAACCUCAAUACCCGAUUGGCCAAGCUGGACGCACCCAACGGACCUUAUACGGCCCUCGUGCUGGCCGCUGCCGGCCUGGUGCGGCUGAGCCUGCACCACCGGAUCACGGCCUUCUUGUCUUCGCCCGUCCUGCUCUACUCGGUCGGCCAGGGCUCGUUGGCGAUCGAGGUGCGCACGCCCCCAGAGGGAGCCGACCCCGCGACCAACCGCGACGCCAAGGUUCGGGACCUGAUCCGUUCGAUCGGCGACUGGCGGGCGACGUUCCGGGCCGAGGCGGAACGCUCGCUGCUCCGCGAGCUCGAGGGCGGCUGUUCCAUCCCCGUCGGCGUGGAAUCGAGGUUCGAGGACCACGCCGAGGUCGAGGGACUAAGGAACGAGGCCAUCAGCCUCGUCGAUGAUGCCGUCCUCGGCGAGGAUGGCGCGCAGGCCAAGGCGGAGCUGCCGAACGGCGGUCUCCCGCUGUGCAAGGACGGACACACUAUCCCUGUCAACCAGCUGGUCGGGCUAGAGACGAGCGGUAAGGGUUCGGCGCCGGCGCCUGCCGUCCCGGCGCCUCCGCCACUGCACCGGCUGGACACGGCGGCGGAGCAGGAGCGCCUGGCCGCCGAGCGUCGCGAGCGGGAGGCCGGCGGGAGUGGCAGCGCGGCUGCAGCGAGCAAGGAGUCGACGCUGGCCGAGAAGAUUGCAGCGAGGACGAUGAACAUCGCCAACCGCUCCGUGUCGCCGCCCGAGGGACGGACGCUGUUCCUCGACACGAUUGUCGUGUCGCUCGACGGCAGCCGGUGCGCGCGCUACUCUACCUCUGCGCUGUGCAAGACGGUCGAGGACGCGCGCCAGCUCGGCAUCCGCGUCGCCCACGAGCUCGCCGAGAAGCGCGGCGCGCGGUCCAUCCUCGAGGAGGUGGAGCGGCAUCGCAAGAUGGCCGAGGAGGCGGACCAGAAGCGGCGCGACGAGGCGCGCAAGCGCAAGGCGCAGGGCCUGCCCGGUGGAGAGCCGCGCCUCGCCGCCGCCGCCGGCGCCGGCAGCGUGGGCGUGGCGGGUGCCGCAGAGUGCGGCGACCUCAAUGCGCUGCGAAAGGGCGGCCGCGACAGCUGGAUGCGCGGCCAGUCCGAGAUCAACUUUGCCGCAGAGGUCGAGGGCGUCCGGCAAAAGGCGGCCGGCGUCGCUGUCGAUGCCCAGGACGGGUUCGAUGCCCAGGAAAUCGACCGGCGCUUUGUGCCGCGCGAGGAUGGCCAGCCAAAGGCGUGGGAGGUCUGA